GUAACUAAUCAACUACUCCGCAACCAGGAAAAGAAAAUCAAGUAGAUCAACGUUUGCGCUUAACUUUGUUCUGCUGUGAAGCAGACUUAAUUCCUUACAAGACAAUAAAUCUUCUCAUACUUGAUCUUCUCUUGGCAGACUCAGAACAGCUGCAGGGACACCAGCCGAAGCUGUGCAGUGAUGCCGUUGUUCCAAGGUGCAGGCAAACCUGCAGCGGCUACGGGGGCCAAAAAGAGGAGGACCGGGAGCAGUAGGAACACAGAUGAAGACGGCUGCCCUCUUUCGUUGACACAGCUGUGUCUGCUGAGUGUGGCUGACAACAUGAAGGAUGUGUGGGUGAAAGACUACUCUGAAAAGUACUUGGAUCAUUACACAUUCAGGCACAUCAUGGGGCCGUUCCACUCACUGUCAGGUGAGCUGGUUGAGGAGUUGACACGUCUACUGUGCUCCCGAAAGCAGUUGUCCAGAGCAGCCCUGCAUCUGUUGCUGGUCCCCCAGCUUCGCAGCUUGUCUCUGGGAAGCUGUCCUGGCCUGGUCACCCCACCCAUGUGUGCUCUCAUUGCUUCAAAUUGCCAGGGUCUGUUCAGUCUGGACCUGUCUAGUUCCCAGUUGUCCUUCAAGGUCCUGUCUGACACCCUUUGCCGUCUGCCUGCGCUUCGCUCACUCUCCCUGGCUGGUACCAACUGUGACAGGCAGGUAAUCAGGACCAUUGCCCAAAACUGCACGUUGCUACACCAUCUGGAUGUGUCUCACUGCCACUUCCUUUCCUGUGCUGCGUUACUCCCUCUUGGAGGUGGGGCUUUCUGUUCUUCCUCAGGAAGUCCUUCUAGUUCCAAAGCCACAUCUCCUUGCCCCCUCAGAAGUCUCCUGGCUUUGGAUAUUGGGUUUGAAGAAGAAGAAGGAGACUCCGUGGCAGUUGCUGCUUACCUUCUUCUUUCUUUGCCCCACCUGCAGAGAGUUUCAUUGGCAGGCCUUUUGCAAGCCUGUAACCUCAUUCAACAGAGAGCGUUUGAUCAGACAGACGUUUUUGCUGACAGAGAAGGACUGCCUUGUCUUGAAGAAGUGUGGCUGGAGCGGACCAUGAGGGAAGCCACAGAUACCUUCAGGGGUAAGAUGGAAGGAACAGAGGAAGACACAAACACAUUGUGUGAGGUGAAAGAGAGUGACAGUGAUGAUAAUACAAGAACACAUGAAGGGAAAAGGUGGAGUCAGAAUCCAGAAAGAAGAGGACAAACACAAGAAAGUCUGGGAAGAAGAGUAGUGAUGCAAUCAGACGACAAAAACCUGAUCCUACGUCUACAAGAAGUCAAAAAUUUAACUGAUGCUUAUCUGGACAAUUUAGGUCAAUUGUGCCCACAUAUCACAUCCAUCUCUCUGGACCUCAGUGAUGCUAAGGAUACUGUAAGAAGGAAUCCAGGUCCUCUGUUAUUCACAGGCCUCCAGACCUGGUCAGACCAACUUCGCAGUCUUUCAGUACUCUACCCAGGCCCACUAGUGGAUCUACUCCCUGGUUUGCAAGUUGCAGGCUCCUCUUUGGUCUCUCUCACCCUGGAAGGAAUAAGAACCAGCCCUCACACUCCUCUAUUAGAGGUCAUCCAAGCGUGUUCCAACCUCAGGGAGCUUGUGAUCUCUGCUGAGCCUCCAACUACACCACAGGAAGAAGCAGCAGAUAAUCAGCAAGAUGAUCAAGUUCUUCCAUGCCUGCCAAACCUCUGCACUUUAACACUCAAUUUCUCCUAUGAGCACAACCAAAUGAAGCCUGUCAUGUCCUGGAUGUCCCUGAAGAGGGUGAUCAGGUGUCUUCUGACCGGGUCUUGUUUACUGAAGAGGCUGACCCUGGUCUCACUACCAAGCCCUUUAAACUCAGUUUUACAGGAUGUACUGCACAAAUGUCACUUGGAUUCCUGUCUAAAUUCAAGCCCUGGGGAAAAUUCCAGAUUCUUGCGUCCAGUACCCCUUGGACGACUGCGACACCUUGACCUUUCGCGGACAGAUGUGACCAUAACCACGGUGGGGGUAAUAACACAGCGAUGUAAGAGGCUUGAGUUUUUGGAUUUGAGAUACUGCUGGAGAAUCAAACAGCGAGAGUGGAUGAAGUGUGUGGAGUUCAGUUGUACAAAAAUUGUCUGGCAGUGACACAGACUACACACCAGAAAUGCACUGUUAAAAAAGUAAAAAAUGAGUACAGAAAUAUAAAUGAAUGAAUUUAUAUUUUCUUCAGUUUACUGUUGGUUAUUUAAAUUCUAUUUGAAUGUACAUGGGUAUUUUAAUACCAAAAUUUUGUUGAGUUUCCCAGGAUGCAGAGCUUGCUUUACGUGACCUGACUGCUUCACUACAGUAAAUUUUACUUCAUAUUACUAUCCUACCAUUACAGAUUGUUGUUACAGACAUAUUUUAAACUCGUCUUACUUUAAACAUCCUUAAUUCCUGGAUUUUUACAAGUUGUGUAUUGUAAUCCUCAAAAAUUACUUAAAAAAAUCAACUGUUAUGCUUCUAGUCCACAUAUUAAUGAAUGAACCUGUGCAAUUAAACAUAAGAAUUUAUUUAUUAAUGGUUUUAAAUCUUGCAUUUUGUUAUUGGUUUAAUUGCAUCUGCAAACUGAUGGAGGAAGAUGGAGGUUACACCGUCACCCCGUGAAAUAAUUAAUGCAAAAUAUAUUGGAUUAAGCCAGUAAAUAAAAUUAAUGAAUGAAUAUUGCAACCUCUGUUUUGCUGGUAGAACACUGGUGCUUUCGGUGGUGAUAAUUAAAAGAAUUGUUCUGUACUAUCCUGAUGACGUCACACCUAUUCGACGAUGAAGCCCAAUGUCACUGGGCUCCAAUGUUGCCAGACGCACAACUUAAAAAAAGUGAUUGUGUGUGUGUUAUUAUUGAUGGUCAAAUUUAAUCAAAGUUAAUGCCUUUAUUGUAAAUGUGAUUCGUAAUAUUAAUGCAAAAAGCCAUUUGUGGUGAUUUAAAAAAAAUUGCAAGGCUGCAUAAAUAAUGUGGCACAAUAAAUAUUUUUUCUUGCU